AUGGCUUCCGAAGGCUCCCCUGACUGCUGCUCUUCUGAGCCCUAUGCAGGGGCAUCGAGCUGCACAACUGCCUCAUUCUGCCCCACCAGCACAACUUACCUUCCCAGCACCUGCGCUACAUCCAGAUGUCAAACCCCCAGCUUCCUCUGCAGGGCUCACCUCCCGGCCGGUUGCCUCUCACCGUGCUACUUGACUGGCGGUUGUAACAGUCCUUGCCUGGUGGGGAACUGUGCAUGGUGUGAAGAAGGGACGUUCAACAGUAAUGAGAAGGAGACCAUGCAGUUCCUGAAUGACAGAUUGGCCAGCUACCUAGAGCGGGUGAGAAGCCUGGAAGAGAACAACGCUGAGCUGGAGUGCAGGAUCCGAGAGCAAUGUGAGCCCGAUGCCACACCGGUCUGCCCGGAUUAUCAGCGGUACUUCGACACCAUUGAAGAGCUACAACAAAAGAUAUUGUGCACGAAGGCAGAGAAUUCUAGACUUGCCGUGCAGGUGGACAACUGCAAACUGGCUGCCGAUGAUUUUAGGUCAAAGUAUGAGAGCGAACUGUCCCUGCGCCAGCUGGUAGAGAAUGACAUCAGUGGUCUUCGUGGGAUCCUGGGUGAACUGACCCUGUGCAAGUCAGAUCUGGAGGCCCAUGUGGAGUCUCUGAAAGAUGAUCUACUUUGCCUUAAGAAAGACCAUGAAGAGGAGGUCAACUUGCUUCGUGAGCAGCUUGGAGAUCGACUCAAUGUGGAGCUGGACACUGCCCCCACUGUGGACCUCAACAAAGUCCUGGAUGAAAUGCGGUGUCAAUAUGAGAGAGUGCUGGCCAACAACCGCAGGGAUGUGGAGGAGUGGUUCGCUGCUCAGACAGAAGAGCUGAACCAGCAGCAGAUGUCCAGUGCAGAGCAGCUGCAGGGCUGCCAGACUGAGAUGCUGGAGUUGAAGCGCACAGCCAACACUCUGGAAAUUGAGCUCCAGGCACAGCAAACCCUGACAGAGUCUCUGGAGUGUACUGUGGCAGAAACUGAAGCCCAGUACAGCACACAACUGGCCCAAAUGCAGUGCCUAAUUGACAGUGUGGAGCACCAGCUGGCUGAGAUCCGCUGUGACCUGGAGCGUCAGAACCAGGAGUACAAGGUGCUACUGGACACCAAGGCCCGGCUGGAGUGUGAGAUCAACACGUACAGGGGCCUGCUGGAGAAAGAGGACAGCAGACUUCCCUGCAAUCCAGGCUCCAUAUCAAACAGCACCUGUGAGCCGUGUUCAGCCUACGUGAUUUGCACGGUUGAGAACUGCUGUGCAUGA